UUUGUUUUCGUGAGAUUGUCCACAUCGCACCAGAAUUGUAGUGAGUUUUCACGAGUGGCCAUCAUGCUCACAAUUCAGCUAGAAAAUCAAUUAGCCUGCUAUUCAGGCCAUGAACAUCUUCGCGGCUGCGUCGUCUAUCAUUGCCCCAACCCGAUCGACAUCCAAGAGAUUCGGGUGAGCUUUUACGGCCGCGCCAAGGCAAAAGUACAGAAGGUCAAGGGCGCCGCCGCGCCUGCUGCGACCUACCGAAGCAAAUGUAUUCUCUUCCAAGAGGAAAAGACCCUAGCCGCCCCUAAUGGUGGUCAACUAGCCCGGAAUACGUACGAAUGGCCAUUCGAGUUUACAUUCCCGUCCCAGGUGGAAUCACCCGCAAAAUGGCCCGAAAAGGCCCCUUUCCGUAGCGAUGAACACCAUCCGCUGCCUCCAUCUUUUGCGGUGGACGUGGGUGACUCGCAGCGGAAGCUUCACUGUGUUAUCGAGUAUCGCAUCGAGGUUCAAAUGUUUAAGCCGCAAAAGAACUUUUUGUCGAAGAAAGCGCCGCUAUAUACCGAAGCGCUGCGAGUCAACUUUCUGCCAUUGGCAGCACAGUGGGAGCCGACUGAUCAUGCGGAUAAAUUAAGUCGAAAGCACAAGGAUGAGGUGUUCACCGUGCGCAGUCUCCUCCUGCUGCCGGAAAAUCGGGGACGAAGUCUCAAAGUUGGAGAGAAGUUCCAGUCGUGGCUAUCAAAGAAGCAACUCCCUCAGUUUGACUUCAAGGCGUCUUUUGUAUAUUCCACCCGGGUACUACAGGGUGCACCAGUUACAUGUUUGUUGGAUAUUAUCCCGUGUACCGACGGCUCAUCUAUGCCAUUCCCGGGCAUCACGUUACAAUCUGUGUCUAUCGCAGUAAUGAGUCGAACCUCCGCACGAGCUUCUCAGGCGCUGAGGGGCUCGAUGACCGGAGAGGUGGAUGAUCGAUUGGAAAUCUUAUCAAAAUCAUCACUUGGCAUGCCUGUAUUGGGCCAGCUCGAUCUGAACGAGACAUUCGGACCGCUCAUAUUCAGACAUUCAGAAGUAUCUUUCAGCACAUUCACCAUCUCCCGGUCUUACCGGCUAUGCGCGUCAUUUACCUUUGAGUGUGUGGGAAAGACUUUCGAAUUCCAUGCGAAUGACCUUGAGUUCUUUAUCGUCUCCGAUGUCGUUAGUCCCACGGUACAAAUGACUCCUAUGGAGCAAGGCACUGCUAUUACCGGGGUUUUUGAGCUUGCGGACACUGCUUCCCGGCGUUCAUCGUCGGAUGAGUAUGAUGAACUUCCUCCCCGGUACUCAAUGGCUGCUCUCAGUUCUGAGAAACCACCGACCAAAAACUAGUACUCUAUCUGUAUUACUUUCGGUCCAGUAUUUUUGAUGUGGUGUUUGGGUAAUAGUUAUGGAUCCGCUGGUUCUGUUGAAGUAACUGUUAGUUCUGGAGACUUGUUAGAUUUGUUGCAUCUUUACACUCUAUAGCACGAUAAUACAGGAAGCAACCAAGUCCGUUAUCACAUUCACCAACCUUACAUGUCAGAGUAGGCAGUUGCAAUGACCUUCAACAUUACAUGGUAAAGCUGCAGGUUCUAGACUCGGAAUGAGGACUUGCACAGUGCUUAGGCUAAACAGCAAAUUGACUAACGCCUUUGCCAAGCUUCACAUUUGCCGGACAACAGCCGAAGUAC